GACGAGCCUUCAGCAACAAAUUGUUGGCCACGAAAUUCUCGAGUUCCAUGAUCCUUCUCUUGCGCCGUUUGUGCCGCGGUUUCGGAUGAUGAACUUUUCGGCGUCCAGGCAAUGGAGACUGCGGGGGAGAUCCUAAAGCCACAGCAGCAGCCUCCGGGCAUGCCUUGUCCUUUGGGGAACGCGCCUUCUGGAUGCUGGCCCUCCGCAACAGCGACCGCUUCUGUCGCUUCUUCCUCCGCCUCCUUUGGCGUUGCCACCACUGCCACCAGGAGAGCCGUCGUCGCCGUCGCUGUCGUCGCCGCCGCCGCCGCCGCCGCCGCCGCCGCGAAGGUAGGACAGGGGAAGGCUCGCCACGGGCUCCAGCUCUGUUGCCGUCCUGGCGAGGGGCCUCCGCUAUCGGCGCCGGCGCGCGAUAGCUCGAGCUCCUCCUAGCAUCAUCGCCCAGGCCCAGGGCGCGUAACUCUCUCCUCUGCCCCGGGUCCUUGGUGGCACUCAAAUUUCGCCGCGCCCUCCCCCACCGAAGAGCUUAUUAACUCGAGAGCCGUCUCCGGCGGCGACUGCCACAGCAGCCGCCGCCGCCGCCGCCGCCAGUUAACUCACAAGGCAGCUGGGCCCCGGCUAACGGUUUUCCUCUAGAGGGAACCCGAGAGCUCCCCUCGGGGCGGUGUCUGAGGCGACUGUGGCAGCUCUCGGGACACCUACAGAUCCCAUAAGGCUCAGCGCCAGGAAGUCGACGAAGGGUGGCCUCCUGGGAGUUGUAGUCUUUAAUCCAGUAAAGUAGAGAGCCUGUUUAGUGUCAUCCAGGACUUGCGUACUUCUCGCGAAGUGCGGGAAGCCGACGCAUUCAUCGCGAGACGAAGCUGGGCGUGGUUUUGCAUCUGUAUCCUUUGCACGAGUUUCUGGAACUGUAAGCACUGUCUUCUAAAGUGUGUCUGAGUGAAUGUCAUGGGGAAAGCGAAGCGGACUGGAGCGCGGAGGCAGGUCCACAAAGCGCCCGCAGGGGCGUUCGGAGGCCAGGCGAAGACUAACCCAAACCCAUUUGAAGUGAAAGUCAACCGGCAGAAGUUCCAGAUCCUUGGCAGGAAGACGCGCCACGAUGUGGGCCUGCCCGGGGUGUCCCGCGCUCGGGCCAUCAAGAAGCGAACACAGACUUUACUACAGGAGUACAAGGAAAGGAACAAGUCCAAUGUGUUCACAGACAAGCGCUUUGGGGAGUACAACAGCAGCAUGAGUCCGGAGGAAAGGAUGAUGAAGAGAUUUGCUCUGGAGCAACAGCGGUAUCAUGAGAAAAAGAACAUCUACAACCUAAAUGAAGAUGAAGAAUUGACUCAUUAUGGCCAGUCCUUGGCUGACAUUGAAAAGCACAAUGACAUUGUGGAUAGUGACAGUGAUACUGAAGACCGGGGAGCAUUGUCCGCUGAGCUGACGGCUUCCCACUUUGGUGGUGGGGGCCACAAGAAUACCUCUCAGAAGGAAGGUGAGGAUGGAGACAAGCCAAAGACACGGAAAGAACUGAUUGAAGAGCUCAUUCUAAAGUCAAAGCAAGAGAAGAGAGAAAGACAGGCUCAACGAGAAGAUGCCCUUGAGCUCACAGAGAAGCUAGACCAAGACUGGAAAGAAAUCCAGAUUCUCCUGUCACGCAAAUCUAAGAAGUCAGAAAACAAAGAGAAAAAGGAAAAACCCCAGCCGGAUGCAUAUGACAUGAUGGUUCGUGAGCUUGGCUUUGAAAUGAAGGCACAGCCCUCUAAUAGGAUGAAAACGGAAGAGGAACUAGCAAAGGAGGAGCAAGAGAGGCUCAGGAAACUGGAGGCUGAAAGACUUCGAAGAAUGCAUGGAAAAGAUGAACAUGAAAAUAAAAAGAAACCAAAACAUACGUCAGCAGAUGAUUUAAAUGAUGGCUUUAUACUGGAUAAAGACGAUAGGCGUUUGCUUUCCUACAAGGAUGGCAAGAUGAACAUUGAGGAUGUCCAGGAAGAGCAAAGCAAGGAAGCACAAGGCCAAGAGAAUGACCAGAAAGAGGGAGAAGAUGACAGUGAGGAAGAGGGUGAAGAUAAUGAGAGCCAUGAGGACUCAGAAGAGCAUGAUGACCCAGACAGCCACUCAGACCUAGAGUCUGAUACAGAGAGUGAGGAGGAAAACGAUUCCCCAGAGAAAGAGCAACGUCCGACUCCUGGGGGGAUGUUGCCCAGGGAUGACCAGAAGGCUCAAAAGGCUGCUGGACCUGAGCUGCCCUAUGUCUUUGCAGCUCCUGAAUCCUUUGAGGAACUGAGGUUUUUAUUAUCAGGAAGGUCAAUGGAAGAACAGCUUCUGGUGGUGGAGAGAAUUCAGAAGUGCAACCAUCCAAGUCUUGCAGUAGGAAACAAAGCAAAAUUGGAAAAAUUGUUUGGCUUCCUUUUGCAAUACAUAGGAGAUUUGGCUACAGACAGCACGCCAGACCUCAAGACCAUCGAUAAGUUGGUUGUGCACUUAUAUAAUCUCUGCCAGAUGUUUCCUGAAUCUGCAAGUGACUCCAUAAGAUUUGUUCUCCGAGAUGCCAUGCACGAGAUGGAAGACAUGAUAGAGACCAAAGGCCGAGCAGCAUUUCCAGGGUUGGAUGUGCUCAUUUAUUUGAAAAUCACUGGGCUGUUAUUUCCAACCUCCGAUUUCUGGCAUCCCGUUGUGACCCCUGCCCUGGUCUGUAUGAGCCAGGUGCUGACUAAGUGCCCAGUCCUGUCCCUACAGGAUGUGAUAAAGGGCCUGUUUGUGUGCUGCGUAUUCCUGGAGUAUGUGUCUCUGUCUCGGAGAUUCAUCCCCGAGCUUCUCAAUUUUCUUCUUGGGAUUCUUUAUACAGCAACUCCAAACACGAAGAGCCAAGGUUCCACUCUGGUGCACCCUUUUAGAGCACUUGGGAAGAACUCGGAAUUGCUGGUAGUCUCUAACAAAGCAGAUGUGACCACGUGGCAGAGAGGAAGCCUCCCCUUGCACUGGGCAAGUAGACUGAACACCCUGACAGCUACUGAAGCGAAUCACACCAGGCUGUCAUGUGUAGCCUCGUGUUUGAGCCUGCUAAAGCACUGUGUGCUCAUGUACAGUGGACUGCCGUCUUUCCAUGCCAUCAUCAGCCCCCACCAAACCCUCCUGGCAGAGCGUCUUGCAGGCUGUAGCCUCCCCCAAGAACUUCAGGAGCUGUCUCGAAGCAUACUGUCAGAAAUGGAAAGCCAGAAGCAGCUCUGCCGGCCACUGAUCUGUGAGAAGAGCAAGCCUGUCCCACUGAAGCAAUUCACCCCCCGGCUAGUCAAAGUGCUUGAGUUUGGACGGAAACAAGGCAGCAGUAAGGAAGAACAGGAAAGGAAAAGACUAAUCCACAAACACAAGCGGGAAUUUAAAGGUGCCGUCCGUGAGAUCCGAAAGGACAAUCAGUUCCUGGCCAGGAUGCAGCUGUCAGAGAUCAUGGAACGGGAUGCAGAAAGAAAGCGCAAGGUAAAACAGCUUUUUAAUAGCCUGGCCACACAGGAAGGUGAAUGGAAGGCUCUGAAGAGGAAAAAGUUCAAAAAAUAAAUUGUUUUGUAAAUGUA